AUGGGCGUCAACGUUUUUGCUGUGCCUAUCUUUUUCAUCUGCUUCAGAGAAUGUCUCGAAUGUAGUAUUAUCGUGUCCGUCUUGCUGUCGUUCCUGAAGCAGACUCUCGGUCCCGAGCAUGAUCCAGUCGUCUACAAGAAACUGAAAGCUCAGGUCUGGUGGGGAAUUGGACUUGGGUUGGUGGUCUGUCUGAUCAUCGGCGGUACAUUCAUCGGAGUAUUCUAUGGACUUGGCAAAAACCACUUCUCUGCUACCGAAGACAUCUGGGAGGGUGUGUUUGGCUUGAUCGCAUCGAUCAUCAUUUCGAUCAUGGGAGCCGCUCUCCUAAGAGUAUCAAAGCUACAGACCAAGUGGAGAGUCAAGUUGGCAAAGGCCCUUGAAGAAAAGGAUCAACACAAGGGCAAAGCGACCACUCGGUUCAAACGGUUCGCAGAGAAAUACGCCAUGUUCAUGCUUCCUUUCAUCACCGUUAUGAGAGAGGGUCUCGAAGCUGUUGUGUUCAUCGGAGGCGUGUCGCUGGGUCUGCCGGCCACCUCGUUUCCUCUCGCUGUCAUCAGUGGCCUCGCCGCUGGAUGCCUCAUCGGAUAUCUGAUCUACCGUGGUGGCAACUUGGCAUCUCUACAGAUCUUCCUGAUUGUCUCAACCUGUGUUCUCUACCUCGUUGCUGCUGGUCUCUUUUCCAAAGCAAUUUGGUUCUUCGAAAACAAUGCAUGGGGUAAGCUCAUCGGUGGUGAUGCUUCCGAGGUUGGCAGUGGACCCGGAUCUUACGACAUCACCAAGUCUGUCUGGCACGUCAACCGUUUCAAUCCAGAGAUCAACACCUCAGGCUGGGGUAUCUUCAACGCCAUCUUGGGUUGGCAGAAUUCUGCGACUUAUGGCUCUGUGCUUUCCUACAACUUUUACUGGAUUGCGGUGAUCAUCGCCUUCGUAUCAAUGCGCUUCAAGGAGCAACACGGUCGCUGGCCGUUGAUGAAGACCUCAACAAAGCAUCUUGACAGCGAAACAUCCAGCCAGACUGGAGUCACAGAGACGAUGCAGAAGAAGGCGUCGAACGAAGCCGCUACUGUGACAGCGAUUAGAGAAAUUGAGGGCUGA